GAUCGCAGACACCUUCAGAAAACUGCUCUCCCUGGUCACUGCGUGGCUGUGGCAUCUCUUCCCUUUCUCCAGGAACUGCAGCAUUUCCGAGACGAAAACAUUCACAUGCUGGCACCAACGUGGCUUCCCUGCCAGGCCGUGAGGCUUCUGACUACAGCGCUUUUUCUGCAGGUGGUUUCAGUGGCUGCACAGGAUGAGAGGAUCAUUGGGGGCAAGGACUGCCAAAAACAUAGUCAGCCCUACCAGGUCAUCCUAUCUAACAGCAGAAAAAAUGGGCCAGAUGUUCAGUGUGGAGCAGUCCUGAUAGAGAGGGACUGGGUGGUUACUGCUGCCCACUGUAAUACCCAAGGAGACAUCCACACACGAAUGGGAGACCACAGCCUGAGGGCCCACGAGGGGUCGGAGCAGUGCAUCAUGUCAGCACAGAAAUUCCCACACCCGGGCUAUAACCCCACUACUCACGACAACGACAUCAUGCUGAUACGACUACGCAAUCCUGUCAACAUCAACGAAUAUGUCAGGCCCAUUGUAUUGGCUAGUGAAUGUGCUCCACCUAACACUCGUUGCCUGGUUUCUGGCUGGGGCACUAUCGAGACUCCACAAGCAGAGUUUCCCGACAUCCUGCAGUGUGCGGAGGUCUACACAAUGUCAAAUGAAGAGUGCAGACGGGCAUAUCCUAAUUCAAUCACAGACAACAUGCUGUGCGCCAGUGUGAGGGAAGGGGGUGUGGACUCCUGCCAGGGUGACUCUGGUGGACCUUUGGUGUGUAAUGAUAAACUUCAAGGCAUCGUCUCCUGGGGGAUGCAGAUCUGUGCACAGAAAGGGCAGCCUGGAGUGUAUACCAAUGUCUGCAGAUACACAGAAUGGAUUCGGAACACUAUACAGAGGAACUCAUAUAACCGUGCCAUGGGCACAUGCUAGCGCGAGUGGAGACAA